ACCACAAAAACAAACACUUGCGAUUUUCUUUUGAUUUAAAAAUUAAAAAAAAAAGCCCCCAAAGAACGAGCAAAAAAGAGCAAAGAAAAAGCGUCCCUUCUCUAUAUAACAUUGUUCACAUCCAUCUCCUUCACUCUCUCUUUUUUAACUUUUUUCUUUUCUCUGCCAAAUUCUUCGCCAGCCUUCCCCCCCCCCCCAUUUUUUCUCGCUUUCUAUCUUGUAAAUCCAAUAUAUAUUUUCUUCUUUUUUCUUCAAAUCUAUCGCUUUAUCAAAAUUUGGGUCUCUUUCUUUUUUCGCCUUUUGUUAUCGUUUGCCGGUGGGGGUUAUGACGAUGAUGGUGAAAGAUGAGUGGAUUCGGGCGGCGAUCACGGACGAUAACGUGGUGGUGGAGCUGUUAGUAAGGCUGAAGCAAGCGCAGGCCGCACCACCGGCUCCGAAAUCUGCUUUGCCUGCACUUAGAUGGGGGAUACGUCAGCCGAGGUCUAGAUCCAUGUUGUUGCGUUGCGACGCUAAGAGAGACGGGGAUUUCAACGUCAGUGCUAGAGGUAGCCCCACCACGCCUCUUUGUUGGAGCGGUGGUAGCGGCGACGCCUCUCCUUCCGCCGCCGACGGCUUUGAAGAGACCAGUAAACACGUCAUCCGCUCUCCACCUGUUGCACCUUCCAGAUCCAAGGGCACUGCUUCUAGUGAGUCCAAUAGAACAAGUACCAAGAGGUCAAGAAGAAAGAAGACCUUUGCUGAACUUAAGGAGGAAGAGAAUCUUCUUUUGAAGGAAAGGGUUCAUUUGGAAAAGGAGAUAGCAUCAACACGUGCGACUUGUAAGGAGCAUCGAGCCACAAAUGAGAACUUGAAAAGAAUUAGGCUUGAUUUGAACAUGGACACUGUCAAGAACUCUAGUUUAAUUGCUGAUGAAUCUGAGAAAGUACCUUGUCUGAGAGUACCAUCCUCUUCUGACUCAACCUUGCCACCGGAAGCCCUUGACGAUGAUCGUAAACCGUCAUUAGAUUCAUGCAAUGUAGGCAAGGAUAAUAGUAGCGAGAAGAGUGUUUUUAUGCUACCCGAUCUGAAUAUGAUGCCUGCUGAAGAUGAUUCCUGUCCGGCAAAGUUAUACUGGACUAGCUGAAAAGAGAAGAGUGGAUUACAUUCAGAUUAGAAUAGGAGUUGAUGGAGAAGUAGUGAGACCGGGCAAGGAGUCGUUUGCUCAGGUGACUAUAAUAUUGGAACCCAGGCUAAGCAAAGAUUUUGAGUUGCUUCAUAAACCUGAUGAGAUAGGGGAUGGAGUUGAUGUAGGUAUGAAACCUGAUGACAUGGCCUCCUGGUCUGUGUAAGCUUUGUUUAAUUAAAACUAAUUUUAUAAUUUGGGUGGUGGCUGGGAAACCCUGUUUCCCACUUCCCCUUUUAGUUAAUUCUUUUUUUAACUUACAUGCAAUGUUACUAUUUCUUACCCAGGAUUUGUUUUUGUUUUAGUAGGCAGUGGAAUUUCUUAGAUGGACAAAUGGUAUUAUUAUUUUUUGAGUUCUAUGGGUCCUUCCUUCGAUGAUCUAAACUCUUAACAGGCUGGGCCUGGAUUUCUUAUGACUUAGGUAAAAGAGUUGUUAUUAGUAUGUUGGAAAAAAUUAUUGUUUCCAUUA